AUGAUUGUUGCAGAUUUUGGGUCGUCGCUGGUCAAAGCCGGGACCGUCUCGGAGUCGCUGCCGUCGCUUAUAUUUCCGACCGUCGUCGGGACUCCGACGAGAAAGUACGGUCUGCUGCGGCGCAACAAGGUGGCGCCGGAGGAGGCACCAUUGGCGCCAUUUGUGGUGGGCGCGGAGGCCAUUCACGAGAUGCACCGGGCAACGCUGCACCACCCCAUUCAGCACGGCAUCGUGAAGGACUGGCCUAAGAUGGAGCAGAUCAUUCACUACACCUUCUCUGAGUUUGGUUUGGACCCGGAGGAAACGUCGCUUGUCUGCACAGAGCCGCUGUUCACCCCCAAACAGAACUCCGAGCAGAUGGCUGAGUUAUUGUUUGAGGCCUUUGGUGUACCCUCCCUUGCGCUCAUCCCCUCUGGCAUGUGUGCUCUGUACUCCAGCGGGCGCACGACAGGCGUCGUUUUAGACUCGGGUGAUGGGGUGACGCAGGUGACACCUGUGUACGAUUCGUACAUCAUACGUGACGCGGCAAGUCGCUUUAAUCAUGGCGGUCACGAGGUCACGGAGCACCUUCGCACCCUUCUCUUCGAGCGUGGAUUGAACUUUGUGUCGCCGCAGGACUGGCUAUCGGUGAAGAGCAUCAAGGAAACCGUUUGCUACGUCUCCUCCACGUAUGAAAAGGAGCUUCAAGAGGAGGGGGAGGAGCUACGCUUAUUUUCCCUGCCAGACGGUCAAACUAUUCAUGUCGGAAAAGAGGCCUUUCGGGCGCCCGAAAUUCUCUUCUCUCCAUGCAUCACAUUGUCGGAGCUUCCCUCUAUGUCCGAAUUUGUUGUGACUGCCGUCAAGCGCUGCGGCAUUGACAUGCGCAAGGACUUGCUUUCCAGCAUCAUUCUCAGUGGCGGGAACACCAUGUUCAAGGGGUUUGCCUCAAGGCUCUCAGGCGAGGCAUUGAAGGAGUUUCCCGGUCUUUUUGGCGGCGCGAAGGUAAUCGGUGCCUUGGACCGACAGUACAGUGUGUGGUCAGGUGCCAGCGUCUUGGCGGGGCUUGCAACCUUCUCAGACCAUCUCUUAACGCGGGACACCUUCGACGAGCACGGGCCCAGCAUAGUUCACAACUACAGCCGUAGCGUAGCAUUGGGCGAGGAGGGUGGCGAUGAUGGAGACGCCUCUGAAGGAGCGCAGUAA